AUGGUAUUAUUUCAAAUAACUUUGCAUCACUUUUUUUAUGAGCUUAUAUCUUGUAUGGAGAGGAAAUUCUACCACAAUAGACCUGUUAUAGUGACCUUUUCCGUGGUUGCUGCUACCGCUGAUCCAAAGCGAGGCGAAUUGACGAGAGUGUCUAUAAAUAGCUUCAUCACAUUGACUAUACGAGAAGAGGUGGAAGGCCAGGGGCUAAUUUCAACACUCAUGUCUCAGUGCGAUUUUAUCAUUAUCGUGAUCGGCUUCCUCACAGCCAUCAUAGGUGAUUUGGCCUCCGCCUUCGGAUGCACUGUCGGUCUGACCGAUGCCGUCACCUCCACCACCUUUGUCGCUUUGGGCACAAAUACCUUUGCGAGCAAGGUGGCAGCCAUCGGUGACAAGUACGCCGACUCCUCCAUCUGUAAUGUGACGGGCAGUAACGCGGUGAAUGUGUUCCUGGGCAUCGGAGUGGCAUGGACCAUCGCGGCUAUCGCUCAUUGGGUGCGCGGUUCUACCUUUGUGGUGCCUGCGGGAUCUCUCGGUUUCUCCGUCACCAUUUUUUGCAUUUUUGCCCUCUUUGCGAUUGGAUUGCUUGUGUUGCGUCGUAAACCCGCACUUGGUGGUGGAGAACUGGGCGGCCCUCGUCCCGGCAUUAAACUUGAAUUUUUCAUAUGUCCCCUUGUGUCAUGCAUCAGAUAG